AUGUACUGGCCAUUUGCAUUGACCGGGAUUAAUGAUAGCAGAAUCAUCGAUGAGGGUUCUAUUCAAUUUGCUGAUGGAGUAUCAAAAAUUCAAGAAUGCCACGGAUAUUUGAAUUCUGAAGACAAACAACCUAUCGACGUGUCCGCCAGUGGUACAUUUACAGACUCUUUUCCGGAGCCCACUUUGAUUUCAGAGUCUUUCUCAACCUCAGAUGCUCAAGCUGGUGAUGGAAAGAGAGAUUUAGUAGAGGACAUUGACAGUUCUGUUUGGCCAACAAUUAGGGAGGGGACGAACCCUGCGAGCUCACCUAUUGAUUCUGCUAUUUGGCCGUCACCAGUAUCGACAUGGCAGCCACAGAAGAGGCUUUUGAGACUAAGCAUUGAAAUCAUCGAUGACUUAAAGCUUCUCCAAAACCAAGAAAACACAGAAGCUGCCUCAGAAGAUCGCUGCAGGUCUUUGAACAAUCGUCUGGAUGAUUUUGUUGCCCGAAUGUUGACAUACUCUGCCAACCUGAUCUCCAUCUUGAACCCAGAAAUCUCCAUACCGAGUUUUCAGCCCCAUCCCAUUUUCCCUACAGAUCUGGUCGCUUUCAGCAAUCCGGCUCAAUUAGGGAUGUCAAAUCAGUACAUCUCAAAUGAGCAGCUUACAGGAAGUCUAGCCACAACAAUUCCUCCCCGUGGCUCCGACCAUGCCACGCCGAGAAGCAGCUCAUCUACAAUCGGCUCGGACAACAAAUCUCCAGAAAGACUCAGUGUCUUUCUCUGCGUUCUUACGGCUUACAAAAAUCUAAUGCGUCUUUACCACGCCGUAUAUUCCCAACUACAUCAAUAUUACCUCGGCGCACAUCUUGCUGGAAAUACGAGCCAGCCUACAAUCCCUCAGGCCUUUUCGUACACGCAAGCUGCUGGAUUUGAAUCCAACAAGUCUACCCAGACUCAAACUCUGCAACUAAUACAGACCUCACACAACCUUCUUGACAAGCUCAAUUCUGGCUUACGGUCUCAAUUCUAUUGCUUGGGUGAAUCAGAGCCGGAAACUAGUCAACACCCGCCUCCACUUGAUUAUUAUAUUUUGUUGGGCAUCCGGGGAUAUUUCGCGAGCAACCAGGAGGGAAAUUCAGAGAACGGCUUGCGGGAAAAGAUGAAUGCUUUGAGCAGUUUUGUUCUUGGUUCAUUAAGCUUCUGA